GGAAAAGUGAUAAUCGUCAGCAUGUCUCAGCAUCAGAUGGUUACGGAGGACUUCUAUAAGUACCAGGUGUGGUACUUCCAAAUCCUUGGUGUUUGGCAGCUCCCCGCUUGGGCUGCAGACCACCAGCGUCGUUUUCAGUCCAUGAGGUUUGGGUUUAUCCUGGUCAUCCUGUUCAUCAUGCUGCUGCUUUUCUCCUUCGAACUGUUGAACAACAUUUCCCAAGUGAGGGAGAUCCUAAAGGUAUUCUUCAUGUUCGCCACCGAAAUAUCCUGCAUGGCCAAACUAUUGCAUUUGAAGUUGAAGAGCCGCAAACUCGCUGGCCUCGUUGAUGCGAUGUUAUCCCCGGAGUUCGGCGUUAAAAGUGAACAGGAAAGGCAGAUGCUGGAAUCGGAUAGAGUGGCGGUUGUCCGUAUGAGGAACUUCUACGGCAUCAUGUCCUUGGGCGCGGCUGCUCUGAUCCUGAUGGUUCCCUGUUUCGACAACUUUGGGGAGCUACCACUCGCCAUGUUGGAGGUGUGCAGCAUCGAGAGAUGGAUCUGCUAUUGGUCGCAGUACCUGUUCCACUCGAUUUGCCUGCUGCCCACUUGUGUGCUGAAUAUAACCUACGACUCGGUGGCCUACUCGUUGCUCUGUUUCUUGAAGGUUCAGCUCCAAAGGCUAGUCCUGAGACUAGAAAAGUUGGGUCCUGUGAUCGAGCCCCAGGAUAACGAGAAGAUCGCCAUGGAAUUGCGUGAGUGUGCCGCCUACUACAACAGGAUUGUUCGGUUCAAGGACCUGGUGGAGCUGUUCAUAAAGGGGCCAGGAUCUGUGCAGCUCAUGUGUUCUGUUCUGGUGCUGGUGUCCAACCUGUACGACAUGUCCACCAUGUCCAUUGCAAACGGCGAUGCCAUCUUUAUGCUCAAGACCUGUAUCUAUCAGCUGGUGAUGCUCUGGCAGAUCUUCAUCAUUUGCUACGCCUCCAACGAGGUUACUGUCCAGAGCUCUAGGUUGUGUCACAGCAUCUACAGCUCGCAAUGGACGGGAUGGAACAGGGCGAACCGCCGGAUUGUCCUGCUCAUGAUGCAGCGCUUUAAUUCCCCGAUGCUCCUGCGCACCUUUAACCCCACCUUUGCUUUCAGCUUGGAGGCCUUCGGUUCUAUUGUUAACUGUUCCUACAGCUACUUCGCACUGCUGAAUCGCGUCAACAGUUAA